AUGACCAGAGCGACUUUUGAGUACCUCGUACGGAUUCUCAAACCGCUUCUUGAACGGCAGAGGACAAAAUUCCGUGAUCCCAUCACUGUUGAAAAAUGGGUUGCAGUGGCAAUCUGGUGCCUGACCACCAGCAGCUGCUACAGACAAGCCAAAGAUCAAUUUGGCAUCGGCGUUUCCACUGCGGGGACUGCUUUUCUGGAGGUGUGCUAUGCACUGGAGGCAGAGCUUCUCUCCAAGACCGUGUGCUUGGGAACAGCGGUUGGAACGGUGAUGGAUGGAUUUUCUGCCCUCGGAUUCCCCCACUGCAUUGGAGCUAUAGAUGGUACCCAUAUUCCCAUUUGCGCUCCAGGUGGAAGUCUGGAACAAUAUGGAAACCGCAAAAAAUUUUCAUCUAUACUUCUUCAGGGUACAGUAGAUCACAGAGGGAGAUUCAUUGACACCGAAAUCGGUUGGAACAGCAAAAACCACGACGCAUUCGUGUUCAGGAAUUCCACCAUAUGUGCUGCGAUGGAUGCCGGGACAUUUGUUCCAGGAAAUCCUUGCCUGCAUCUGGACAGUGUGACGGUGCCACCGAUUGUCAUUUCUGAUGGCGCUUAUCCAAUUAGGAGGUGGCUUGUGAAGCCCUAUGGCACUCAUGCUGAAACUGAGGCACAUAGGAACUUUGAUCGUGCGCUGUCUCGUGCUCGCAAUGUGGUGGAACACAGUUUUGGACGCUUGAAAUCAAGAUUUCGUUGUCUAGCUACACGGCUGAACUGUAGAGAGGAGAAUGUGGUGACGGUGGUUUCUGCCUGUGUCAUACUUCACAAUACCUGUGAGGAACGUGGUCACCAAUUGCUUGGUGAUCGCGGAGAUCCAAGGCCAGUUAUGGUGCCUCCAGAGGAGGAUGCUGUACUGGAACAGGACAGGUCUCACCUUGAGGAGGGGAAAAUUGUCCAAGAUGCUUUGUCAAAAUUCAUGUAUAAUAAUAAUUCAACUCUUCUGCGAGGAAGGAAGAGGAGCGGUGAGGCAAGGGAGGAUGAACAGCUUCCCAUGGUUGAGCAACAGCAGCAGGCGCAGGUCAGAGAGCAUGUCACAGGGCAGGAGGUGCAUGAUCCCGCGGCAUCCGUCUCUGAAACUGUGGCAAAGUUUGAAAAACGGAUGGGUCGAGUCGAGAAACGGUUGGCCGUACAUGGACGUUAUAUCCGCAAAUUACAGGCAGCAGAUCGGGAGAGACACAGUCAGAGUGCAAAUACAGCAACCAGUGCGCUUGAACAGCGAUUUUUUUUCCACAUGCCAAUCUAA